AUUUGUUAUUGUAAACACUGAGAAGCCAGUUAAGCUUUAUUAAGUUAAAGGCUGCCACCAGAAAUCGAAAACAUCCAGAGCCACCGGAGAAACAGCAGACAUACUAUUACUUUCCAGUGCUUUCAUCUCCACAUCCACCAUGAGUCUUUUUCUGCUCCUGUGUCUCACUGGUGUUGUCCCAGUCGCCAUGCAAACUUUCCGCCAUGAUUAUUAUAUGAUCACAAUACCAUCAACAUGGGCAGAUGCAAAUGCGUACUGCAAAAGCAAUUAUCUUAAUCUGGCUACGGUGCGGACAGACGAUGACUGGUACAGGUUGAACGCUGCAGCAGAAAGCAAAGGUCUGGAAACAACUGGCUGGGUUGGACUGUUCCUCGAUGUCUAUGACUGGUACUGGUCCAAUAAAGUGAUCUAUCUGAUGACUACUGCAACCUACUGGGCUCCUGGGCAGCCUGAUAAUUUAGGUGGAAAUGAGGAAUGUUGUGCAAUAGACUCAACUGGAUCCUGGGCAGAUUAUCCCUGCACAGAUUUAAAACCCUUCAUAUGUUUCAAUGCUGCCACAGGAGCGAUUUUUUCUUACACAUCUCCCAUGACAUGGUGGGGAAGUCAGUUUCACUGCCAGACAUAUCACACAGAUUUAGCCAGAGCCAUCACUAGCACACAGAACAGUCGAUUAAAACAAGUGGCAGCAACCCAGGGAACUUCUUGGUUCGGCCUAUAUAGGGACACUUGGUUGUGGUCGGAUUGGAUCACGCCUUUGCUAGUCCGGUGGGGUCCUGGCUUACCAAAUAAUGUUGAUCAUGAUGACAACUGUGCUAUGACAACUAACAACCUUUUAUUUGAUCGACAAUGCAACAACCUGUACAAUUUCUUCUGUCACACACAGUAUAAAGAGAUCUAUCAAGUAGUAAAACUGCAGAUUCAAGGUGACAAGAGUGUGUUUGAUCCUGUUGUUCAGUCUGCAGUUUUACAGCAGGUCUUGCAGAAACUAAAGGAACAUGGCAUAACGAGGGAGAUAAAGGUGACCUGGAGGGUGCACCCAGAUGGAUACGUCUUUCAAAAGAAACAUAUCAGUAGCCUGUACCUCAAGACUUUUAGUUGUGGAUCGCAGUAAAGCAAGUGGUGAAAGUUUCUUCAGCAUUUCCAUGUCACUGUGGCUUAUUGUUAUGUAACAGCUUUAUAUAUUCAGUUUGAUUUGCAUAGCACUUUUAGUGGCAGACUAGCACCUUCAGCUUUACUGGAAUUUGAAUGCAGAAUUUGGUUCCCUUCUAUUUCUACUUAGCUUGUCUUUCAGAAUCAUUUUGGGCCUAAAUUACUAUCAGAGGGAGCUAGUUGCAAGGAGGGUAGAUUAAUGUUUUCCUAACAUUUAUUUAUCAAAUGUCUCAUGAAUCUCUUAAAUGAAACUUGCAUAUGUUAACCAGAGAAUAGGAAUGUAGAAUAUUCUGAUACACACAGCCUACUUCUAACUAGCCUACCUAGAAUAGCCUACUUCACAAAAGUUCAUGCAGAAAUGUACUGCAGAAUGACUUGUUAGUGUUUUGGGGAAUGUAUUCAACCAGAGAAGAUCAAGUUUUGGGGCUCAAGCCUGCUUUGAGGCUAGCCGUUAAUGUUUUCAUUAAAACAUAAGUGGUGGUUUAAAAAAAACAUUCAAACAAUUUCUUAAGCUUAACAUUCAGGAAAUGAAUACACAGAUGUGGAACAUUAUGUAACAGGUAACUUGAAUGCAUAUAAUACGGCAUAUUUAAACCAGUUAAAUGAAAACAAAGUACAAAAUAGUAAUUUCUAAAAAUCUAUAUUAAUGUGAAGAUCAUUGAUAAUAUAAUUAGAAUAAGUUAAGCUCCAGAUACCCAUGUUAAUUAUUAAUAAAAAUCAUUUAUUACCUAAGAAGACAAAAAUCUGGGUUGAACUUGGCCUUCAAAAUGCUAUACAUUUAAAAUUUACUGUCUGUAAAAGGAAGAAGAAUAUUGAGAGUUUUUUUUGUUUAGGAAGUUCUUUCUUUCAAAAACAACUAAUAUUUUUCUGUACAGAACUGUUUAUUUUUCAGAUAGCAUUGUGUGUACAAUACUGAUCUUCA